AUGGAUACGUUGUCGAGAAACCUAAGCAAGAGCUUAGGAGAGUUGGUAACGAGCACUGAUAAUCAUUUCUCAAGGGGAAGCGGUUCGAUCGAUGAUCAUGAUGAGGAUGCUCUUAGAUGGGCUGCUCUCGAGAAACUCCCCACCUUCGCUCGUCUUCGUACCACUGUCAUCGAACAUCAUAAUCUCGUAGACGUCACCAAGCUCGGCGUCGAUGAUCGCCAGAAGUUCAUCGAUUCUAUCUUCAAAGUCGCUGAGGAAGAUAACGAGAAGUUCUUGGAAAAGUUGAGAAAACGAAUCGAUAGGGUGUGGAUAAAGUUACCGACCGUUGAAGUGAGAUUCGAGAAUUUAACGAUAGAGGCGGAUUGUCACAUCGGAAAAAGAGCUCUUCCGACAAUACCUAACGUUGCCUUAAACAUCUUAGGGAGAGGCCUUAGUUUACUUGGCUUUAACUUUGCUAAAACCACUAAACUCACUAUCCUUAGAGAUGCCUCCGGUAUAAUCAAACCUUCAAGAAUGACACUUUUACUAGGUCCACCAUCAUCAGGGAAAACAACUCUUUUGUUGGCAUUAGCUGGAAAAUUGGACCCGAGCUUAAAGGUGACAGGGAGAGUAACAUACAAUGGGCAUGAGUUAGAUGAGAUUGUGCCACAAAAAACAUCAGCGUACAUAAGCCAAAACGAUGUUCAUAUAGGAGUCAUGACUGUCCAAGAGACUCUUGAUUUCUCUGCUAGGUGCCAAGGCACUGGCACUAGACACGAUUUGUUAAGUGAGUUGGUGAGGAGAGAGAAGGAUGCAGGGAUAUUGCCUGAACCGGAAGUGGAUCUCUUCAUGAAGUCCAUCGCAGCUGGGAAUAUCAAGAGCAGUCUCAUCACAGACUACACUCUGAGAAUACUAGGGCUUGACAUAUGCAAAGAUACGGUGGUCGGAGACGAAAUGGUAAGAGGAAUUUCGGGUGGUCAGAAAAAGAGAGUCACAACAGGAGAAAUGAUAGUGGGACCAACAAGAACAUUGUUCAUGGACGAGAUAUCGACAGGUCUAGACAGUUCAACAACGUACCAAAUUGUGAAAUGCCUUAAAGAGAUAGUUCGGUUCAUGGACGCAACGGUUUUCAUGUCCUUGUUACAGCCAGCUCCUGAAACCUUCGAGCUCUUCGAUGACAUCAUUCUUUUGUCGGAAGGCCAAAUCGUGUACCAAGGUCCACGUGAUCAUGUUCUUGUCUUCUUUGAGUCUUGCGGUUUCAAAUGUCCCGACCGCAAAGGAACCGCCGAUUUCUUACAAGAGGUAACUUCAAAGAAAGACCAAAAACAGUAUUGGGCAGACACUAGAAAACAAUACAGAUACAUUCCUGUGUCCGAAUUCUCCAAACGAUUCAAAAGCUUCCACGUCGGAGCCAAUCUUCAAAAUGAUCUAUCAGUCCCUUACGACAGAUCCAGAUCACACCCAGCAGCUCUCGUCUUCAGCAAACACUCUGUUCCUAAAUCUCACCUCUUCAAGAUCUGUUGGGACAGAGAAGUGCUUCUCAUAAAACGCAACGCUUUCUUCUACGUUUUCAAGACUGUUCAGAUCAUCAUAAUGGCCUUGGUCGCGUCGACCGUGUACCUGAGGACGCAGAUGCACACAAAGACCGAGAGUGACGGAUCCGUUUACGUAGGUGCGUUGAUGUUCUCAAUGAUCGCCAACAUGUUCAAUGGAUUCUCGGAGCUUGCUUUGAUGAUUCAAAGACUUCCCGUGUUUUACAAGCAACGAGACCUUUUGUUUCACCCUUCUUGGACCUUCACGCUCCCAACGUGUCUCUUGAGCAUUCCUGUCUCCAUCUUCGAAUCCGUUGUUUGGGUCAGCAUCACUUAUUUUUUGAUCGGAUUUUCUCCAGAACCCAGCAGGUUCUUUAAGCAUUUGUUGGUGAUAUUUCUGACACAGCAAAUGGCUGGUAGUAUUUUUCGAUUCAUUGCGGUAACUUGCAGAUCGAUGAGUCUUGCAAACACAGGAGGAUCUCUAGUGAUUCUCCUCCUCUUCUUGCUUGGAGGAUUCAUUAUUCCUAGAGGUGAGAUUCCUGUAUGGUGGCAAUGGGCUUAUUGGGUUUCACCAAUGACUUACACUUUCGAUGCUUUGACUGUCAAUGAAAUGCUUGCUCCUAGAUGGAUGGAUCAACGGUCUUCCGAUAAUUCCACGACGUUAGGGUUGGCUGUUCUUGAGAUUUUUGACGUAUUCACGGAUCCAAUCUGGUACUGGAUCGGAGUAGGAGCCAUUCUCGGGUUCGCGAUUCUCUUUAAUGUCCUAGUCACCCUCGCUCUUACAUUCUUAAACCCACUUGAGAAGACGCAAGCCAUCAUUUCUAAAGAGAAUGCAGAAGAAAACAGAGCUGAGGAUAGCUCAGAGAGUAAGAGCUUUUAUGUUAAAAAAGGAAUGGUUCUACCUUUUACCCCUCUCACAAUGUCCUUCGACAAUAUUCACUACUACGUUGACAUGCCUAAGGAAGUGAAGGAACAAGAAGUUGGCAAGGAUAAGCUUCAGCUUUUAAACGAAGUGACAGGAGUGUUUAGGCCAGGAGUGUUAACAGCUCUGAUGGGAGUUAGUGGAGCUGGUAAGACCACUCUAAUGGAUGUUUUGGCGGGUAGGAAGACCGGUGGAUACAUUGAAGGAGACAUCAGAAUCUCAGGUUUCCCUCAAAGACAAGACACUUUUGCAAGGAUCUCUGGUUAUUGUGAACAGAAUGAUAUCCAUUCGCCGCAAGUCACCGUCAAAGAGUCUCUCAUUUACUCUGCUUUCCUUCGUCUCCCAAAAGAAGUCACUAAAGAUGAGAAAAUGAGGUUUGUUGAUGAAGUGAUGGAGCUAGUGGAGCUAAAUAGUCUAAAAGAUGCGAUCGUGGGACUUCCAGGGAUCACAGGGUUAUCAACAGAACAGAGGAAGAGACUAACAAUCGCUGUGGAGUUAGUGGCGAAUCCUUCAAUAAUCUUCAUGGAUGAGCCAACCUCUGGACUUGACGCUAGGGCUGCAGCCAUUGUGAUGAGGACGGUGAGGAACACGGUUGACACAGGAAGGACAGUGGUCUGCACAAUCCACCAACCUAGCAUUGAUAUCUUUGAAGCUUUUGAUGAGCUUCUUCUUCUGAAGAGAGGAGGGCAAGUGAUUUACGCUGGUCCUUUAGGCCGAAACUCCCACAAGAUUAUCGAAUAUUUCCAGGCAAUUCAUGGAGUUCCGGUGAUUAAAGAGAAGUAUAAUCCGGCGACAUGGAUGCUAGAAGUGAGCUCAAUGGCAGCAGAAGCAAAACUCAAGAUAGAUUUUGCUGAGCAUUACAAAACAACAUCCUUAUAUCAACAAAACAAGAAACUUGUAAAGGAACUAAGCACACCGCCACGAGGAGCAAAAGAUCUCUACUUCUCUACGCAGUUCUCACAAUCAUUUUUUGGACAAUUCAAAUCUUGUCUGUGGAAACAGUGGAUUACUUACUGGAGAACUCCUGACUACAAUUUAGCCAGAUUCUUCUUUACACUGGUUGCAGCUCUCAUGAUCGGAACAAUUUUCUGGAGAGUUGGCACAAAAAGGGACAAUGCGAAUGAUCUUACAAAGGUUAUUGGAGCAAUGUACGCUGCCGUUUUAUUCGUUGGAAUAAAUAACUCCACAUCUGUUCAACCACUCGUAGCUGUGGAACGAACUGUGUUCUAUCGAGAAAGAGCUGCUGAAAUGUAUUCUGCUGUGCCCUAUGCCCUAGCACAGGUGGUAUGCGAAAUACCGUACGUGCUGAUCCAAAAUACGUAUUAUACACUAAUUGUAUACACAAUGGUGUGUUUCGAAUGGACAGUGGCCAAGUUCUUGUGGUUUUUCUUCGUGUCGUUCUUCUCCUUCCUCUACUUUACAUACUACGGGAUGAUGACUGUCGCCGUCACACCAAACCAGCAAGUCGCAGCUGUUUUCGCCGGAGCUUUCUACGGAAUUUUCAACCUCUUUUCCGGUUUUCUCAUCCCUAAAUCGAGAAUUCCAAAAUGGUGGAUAUGGUACUACUGGAUCUGUCCAGUGGCUUGGACUGUGUACGGAUUGAUUGUUUCGCAGUACGGUGACGUGGAGGACACGAUUAAAGUUCCGGGUAUGACGGAGGAUCCGACGAUAAAGUGGUACAUCGAAAACCAAUUCGGGUUUGACCCGAAUUUCAUGGGUCCAGUUGCGGCUGUCUUGGUGGGUUUUACUCUGUUUUUUGCUUUCAUGUUUGCAUUUGGAAUUAAAAUGUUAAACUUCCAACAAAGGUAG